ACUGCGCUCGAGUGUUAGUCCUGGUUAGGUUAGAUUAAAACUGUCAACAGAAAUUUCCUGCAUUAUGAGUGUUAUUCAAGUUAAAUUCACUGAACGAAUUGCACCGAGAGCUGCAGCUCUCACCCUGUGAAUGUUAUGUGCCAUGGAUGCUCAACCGAUACGGAAACAUUACAUUAUUGAUGUGUCGUUGUUCGUCGUUUAAAUUCAGCGCUUGUAUGACGACGGACAAAUUAAGUGAUGAACUAAAUAAUAUUUCACGUUAAAAUAACAAACUUAAUUAGCAUGAUAAAAAUGUCAGCUUCGUUCACAGCGAUUUCGUUAGUUGCUGUCAUCGGUGUAUGCUCGACUUUUAUUGGUGCGGCAUCUGGCGUUAUUCCUUGUUUGAUAUCUGGGCACGGUCAUAUGGUUCGAGCCCGAAAGCCUGUUCGUUUUGACGGAGACAUUGACGCCGGCAUCAUAGGCGGCAGCGAAGUUCCAGAUGGGACCGCCCCGUGGAUGGUGUCCAUCCAGACCACCGAGUACACGAAGCCCAUGCACGUCUGCGGCGGCGUGCUCGUCGCCCCCCAGUGGGUCCUGACCGCCGCGCACUGCGUCUGCAGCGCCCACACGUCUGACCUCCUGGUGGUGGCUGGGGAGCAGCACCUCUUCUCGUACGACGGAACGGAGGUGACCGUGCGCGUGAGCCACGUCGAAAUUUUCAAAGACUUCCGUCCGUUGACUCGGACCAACGACAUCGCGCUCGUCAAGCUCAACUGCGCUCUCGAGAUGACCGCCAACGUUCAGACCAUCACAUUCCAGCAAUCGCAGGGCCCGCAAGUUGAUGAAUGGUGCGAUGUGUACGGGUGGGGCGCCAUUACGGAGGACGGCAGUAUCGAGGAUGAGCUAUCGAAGAGCAGCCAGCAGGUGUACAGCAGCGAAGACUGCGUGCGCAGCUACCCUGGCCUCAUCCACGAGGGCAUGAUGUGUGCCGGCGACGCAGAGGCUGGCAGCGGGCCAUGUCAGGGUGACUGGGGUGGCCCACUAGUAUGCAGGUCAAACGAACUGUUCGGAAUCGCGUCGUGGUCGGCGGGGUGCGGCAGCGGAUCUCACCCAACGGUCUACGCCAACACAUCCGUGUAUUGGGAUUGGAUCGAAGCUACCAUCAGCAGCCACUUCCAUUACCCCAGUACUCAGAAAUGCCCGCAGAAGUGACAUCUGUAUCCUAUGAUAUGAAAUGUGAAGAAUAAUUACUAGUUUUUGCCACAUGAUUUUAAAAAUUCUGUUCACGAUUGCAAUUGUCUUCUUGCAAAAUUAUUAUUGAAUACUACCUCGGCACAAUGACAAUAACAGGAUGAGCGAUGUCUUGAGGUUUUUAAAAUAACCUUUAAUCAGUACAACGUGCAAAAGAGGAAUGAAAAAAUUCGAGUAUAGGACGACGCAAAAUGUUUUUCG